CUUAAGCUGGAUGCCAACCGCUGUUAAACAGGAAGAAGUAGAAGAAGAUGUAGAAGGAGGAAAAAUGAAUCUAAUGGCGGGAAAGAUGGAGAAGAUUUUCGCUGAAGUUGUUGAAGUCUGCGUCAGGUGCAGAGACUGCGAAGAAAGAAAAGCACAGCUCCGCAUCUCCGUUGAGCUUCAGAAACAGCAAAGUCCAGUUCACAAACGAGAUCUUCUUGUGAGGUUGACGGAUGACGUGGAUCCAUGUUUUCUCUACAGCCUCCACAUUUCAGAGGAAGAUUUUCAAAGUUUAAAAGUGCAGCAGAGAAUUCGGUUGGAAUUCACAUCGUUUCCCGACAUGCUCAUUGAGUAUUUUAAUGAAUGUCGGUCCGAGCAGAAGUCCAGCCAUCCCAGGUUCCAGCUGCUUCUUUCUUGUGACUCUGCCUCACUCCAAGGCCCCGCCAACUUCAGUGUGGUGGAGAGAUGUUCCUAUCAAGACACGGACCGCCUGACCCUGAGGCUCAAGCUAGGCUCAGACAGAGAAGUCAAUGAGUAUCUGGCUGCGUCUCUGACAUCUCUCAAGUUGGGAAAACUAAGCCUGGAGGAGAAACUCCAAAGAACUGAAGAGGAUCUGUCCAGGCGGCUGAAACAUGCUCAGCAGACUCUGUCAGAAAAGACCAGAGAGUUGGACGAGCUGCAUUCGGAAUGUAAUCUUCAGACCAACUUGCUGUCCAGCCGUCACUCACAGCAGCUGCAAUCCGAGAAGGAGAAGGUGGCGGAGAUACAGAGCCGACUAGAGAAGCAGAAGCAGGAGCUGAGCCACAAGCUGGAGAGCGAUCACCAGCAGUUUCAAACACGCCUGGCAGAACUGGAGAAAUCCUGCCAGGACCUGACGCAAGGGAGGUACAAAAACGAGUCGGCCAUCAACGAGCUCAAAUGCAAGCUGACGGGUGCCAAGCAGUAUUGUCGGCACUUCAAGCAGCGGGUGGCGUCUCUGGAGAAGGAGAACCACUCUCUCCACACAACCCUCCACGAGAAGGAGCGUCUGGCCAACCAGCUCCAGAUGAGGGUGGGCGAUCUGGAGCAGCAGGUGGUCCAUACCAGUGAGGCGCUCGAGGCCACCAAGCAGCAGAAGGAGUAUGUAGAAGAAAAAGCAGAAACUAAAGAACGUAAAAUCCAGAAACUUGAGGAGGAGGUGACAUCUUUGACAUACGACGUGGAAAAGGGCUACCAGAUCAUCAAUAAGUUUGUGGAUGAUGAGCAAAAGUAUAGACAUGAGGUGCGAACUCUGGUGGUCAAACUCCAUAACAUGGACAUUGCGCUGAAGGACCGGCAGAAGAUCCUCCAGGAGACCCAGGCCAAACUUGAGCACACUGAAAAAGACCUCCAUGAGACUCAGCAGCAGCUCUCCAGCAAGGACCAGCAGGUUGAAAAGCUUCAAAAGCAGCUGAAUGAAAACGAAGACUUGCUGCAAACCAAAGAGAACGUCAUCAGUUGGCUCAACAGGCAGCUAAUUGAGAAGCCGAUUGCAGAGAUGCCACACCUUCCAGAACCUUUGGAGAGUGCGUCUGCGCUGUCGUCCGCUGGACUACGGAUGCAAUUUUAUCCUCAAACCUCCAAAGCGGCGUCCUCUGACCUAGGUGCAGUUCUUAAACACACACAAUCUGCAGGUCUGGACCCCAAAUAUUUCAGGCGAUCGGACAGCAUUCCAGUCAACGGCCUUCCAGCCAGUCUGCCUCCCAGAGAGUCCCCACCUGAACGGAACACAGCACCUGUGCCAUCAACAUAUUUCCCUUCCGUUCCUAAGCACACACAAUCUGCAGGUCUGGACCCCAAAUAUUUCAGGCGAUCGGACAGCAUUCCAGUCUACGGUCUUCCAGCCAGUCAGCUUCCCAGAGGUGACGUCACAUCACAUGCAAAGUCUUCUUGAUGUUGAAUGAUCCGACGUCUGGUGAGCCUGAUAAAGCACCCGAGGAGGACGUGUUGGAGCUCCGAGAGGUGCAAAGCUCCACUCAGAGAACGGUCAAACGAGUCACAUGUUUGCAGAUCCGGGAUCUACCCACACAUCGGACGAGUUUAGGGCCAGAAGAAGAGAGAGGUUCUGGAAUUCCAAUCUUUUUAUUGACUCGCCAUGUGCUGCGAUAACAAUGGCGCACUUUAAACUGCCCCAUGCUGCGGCAGUUGUACGGCGAGAGGGAAGGGACAAAUCUGGUGGAGAGCCGGAUCAGUGUUGGUCAGCUGAGAACUGCAGGCGGCCGCUUCAGGACUUUGGUGGAAGGACGACCCGCACUGGGGCUCCACCUCGCCAGGCCCGAGGGCGGUAGAGUCCUACCACGCAGUUUGUGUGAUUAUGAUCAAAUUAUGAACGCACCUUUAAAGUGUGCACUUACUUUGGCUGGGAAUAAUUCACACUGUGGCGAUCAAACUCCACACUGUGGCGAUCAAACUCCAUUCUUGGAAGAAUAGGAUGUUGAGCAAACGGCGUGUUGCUGUAAGACAAAAAUCAGAGAAGAUUCCAUGACGAGACAAAAAGAUGCUUUAGCAUAAUAGCACUAGCAUGUUUGGGCACUGGAACUUACAUCUCUAUGGGGGCAGCGAGGCGUGCAGGCCUCCGGGGCGAUGCGGGAGUCUUUGGGACAGUUUGUCUCAACCAGGAUGAACUUGGGGUAGGUCACCAUGCCGACAGAUGGGAUGUACUGCGUCAGGAUAGAAGCCUGUGUUAAACGCCUCUCGCCGCAGUCGGUGCACGCAAAGAGGAAGUACUCACCCCGCUCAGCACAUGUCCAACUUCUAGCAGAGCAAAGUAAUGCUGGUUGUUGGACUCCUGGUUGUAUUUCUGCACCGCCUCCUGGACCGCUUUCACUGCGACGGGGUCGUUAAGCGGUCGCAUGCGAGGGCAGUCAGGACUAGGGUUGGGUAUCGAGUAUCGAUUGGAACCGGAACUAACUUUCAGAUUCUCCCGGAAUCGUUCAAAAGUUUAAAUUUCGAUUCCUAGUUUCGAUACCAGUCCGCCGACCGGAAAAAAAUAUGUCCGCCGAACCGGAGGAAGAAGCCGCUGAACACCAACGAAGAAGCGCCCACCGCCGGAAGUGUUAGCAUAGCCGAGCGAGUCAGUCAAGCUCAAGCAUGGAUAGCGGGCGUCGGCGGUCGAAAGUGUGGCUUUACUUUACAAAAAAAAAUUAAAUAACCGCGAAAUAACAGAGCUCCAUGUCCAUCAAGAAACGAGUGGAGAGAGAGCUGCAGAUGUACCAGGACUUUCCACCGAUACUUAUGUCUGACGACCCUGCUGCAUGGUGGUGGUCCGGUGGAACCAACAAAAGACUUAUCCUUUGCUGUCAGAUCUCGCUUUCUCCUAUUUAUGCGUUCAAGCUUCUUCCACCCCCAGCGAACGUGUAUUUUCCACAGCAAGAGACACUAUCUGUCCAGAACGCUCACGCAUCCUGCCU